AUGGUAAACGGGCCCCCGACUCCACCGCCCACCACUGCGGCAGAACUUCAGGAUGAAGCACGCACCGCAAGCACAUCGACUGCAGAUCAGGCGCUAGUAGCGCAUGCUUCUGAUCCUCCUCCUCCUCAGGCUGCACCAGAGACCCGACUUGAGAUUUAUCAAAGCGUUCUGCCGGCAUUAAUUGAUUCCAUUGCAAGAAACGAGUACAAUCGACUGACUGCGAGCGAUCGACAACAAUCAAGGUUUCUCGUCGUCGCCCCUCUGGUUCUCGGACAACUUAUUCUAGAUGACCUGUACCCCGCGCGUUAUGCCCUUCAAAGACUUCCAGACAACCUGACUUCCCAUCCUCUUGCACGGGCCCUUAUGGCACUGGCAGUUUUGACGAUCAAUCGAGAACAUGCCAAAGUCUACGAUGGGGCGGCAGCUCUCGUCAAUCUGGUGUCCCAGCCUGACUUCAUGGACAGGGAUUUGGCCUCAAUCAUCUCCCAACUUCUCUCUGCAUUUCUCGGUAAUGUAAUUCACCAGAAGGUCCUUAAAUGGAGCUGA